AUGACGUGAGUAGUGUCGUAGUUAGUUCCUCCUUCCUUCUCCCAUUCACAGGUUAGACUCAGUAGGUAAUGCAGCGUGAUGCACUGCUGAUAGCGACGUCUGGUCUGGUCAGUCUCACCUCAACAAACACAAACACUAUGAAUCCCCCUUUACAGUUAAUAUGUGUCAUUAUCUGUGUGUGUCUGAUGUAGCUUAGCCAGGAGGCAUGUGUGUGUUGUCUGUAGGCUACGUCUCCCUCCCCUCCUCUCUCUCAGGGUGUGUAGACUAACCAGGACACGUGUGUGUGUGUAUUAACAGUGUGUGUUAAUAUCUCCCUCCCCUCCUCUCUCUCAGGGUGUGUAGACUAACCAGGACACGUGUGUGUGUGUAUUAACAGUGUGUGUUAAUAUCUCCCUCCCCUCCUCUCUCUCAGGGUGUGUAGACUAACCAGGACACGUGUGUGUGUGUAUUAACAGUGUGUGUUAAUAUCUCCCUCCCCUCCUCUCUCCCAGGGUGUGUAGACUAACCAGGACACGUGUGUGUGUGUAUUAACAGUGUGUGUUAAUAUCUCCCUCCCCUCCUCUCUCUCAGGGUGUGUAGACUAACCAGGACACGUGUGUGUGUGUAUUAACAGUGUGUGUUAAUAUCUCCCUCCCCUCCUCUCUCCUAGGCUGUGUAACCGUGAUGCGUGGGUGUGUUCCACCCAGGACAACCUGUCUGUGGCGCAGCGGGAGGAGCAGGCCAGUGUGGAGCUCAGGCUGCUGGUGGAGAGGGUCCUACAGGAGACGGCUGAGGACCUGAGGGUCCAGUGCUCUAACGUAGACCAGGCCUUCAGCCAGCGCUGUCUGCAGCUCACUGAGGCCAAGACACAGCUAGAACUGCACCUCACUCAGGUUGGUGAGGGAGGUGGAGGUGUGUGUGUGUGUGUGUGUGUGUGUGUGUGUGUGUGUGUGUGUGGGUCAACAGCCAAAACCCAAGCCUUCCGCAAUUUAAACAAAAAAUGAAAUAGAUUGGCGCCUACCCAACAGGCAAAGUGAAUGUUUUAAAAGGAAGAAGAGGUAAAGGCAUUCAUAACAUAUCCCUAAGGGUUAUUCAGCUGAGGCUAGAAUGCAGAGAAUGCUGCACCUGAACUCAACACUGUGAGUGUGUAUAGAUCCUGGAUCAGAUCGGGGCUCAGGAGAGGAACAUGGUGUCUCUACAGAAGGCUCUGUAUGAUAAAGAGGCCCCUCUGAGAGUGGCUCAGUCCAGGCUGCACCAACGCUCACACAGACCCCACAUGGAGCUCUGUAGGGACAACCCUCAAUUCAGGUACACACGGACACACACACACACACACACACACACACACACACAUACACACACACACACACACACACACGUACACACACACACACACACACACACACACACACACACACACACACACACACACACACACACACACACACACGUACACACACACACACACACCACACACACACACACACACACACACGUACACACACACAAAUGGACAGAGCACACACAUGCACGCAAGCCAGUAAGCACAACGGACACACACCCAAACACACACCCAAACAUACACCCAGACAUACACACACACACAUCACACUUUCUCUCCCAUCUUUCACAAACACCUACACUGGUAUGACAAGCUCCUCUGCUUCCUCUCUCUCUCUCUCUCUCUCUCUCUCUCCUCUCUCUCUCUCUCUCUCUCUCUCUCUCUCUCUCUCUCCUCUCUCCCCCCCUCGUCUCUCCCCUCCUAUCUCUCUCUUUCUGGUCCUCUCUCCUCCCACCCUCCCCCCUCUCUCCCCCCCCCCUCUCUCUCUCUCUCUCUCUCUCCAGUCUGGUAGGGUGAGGUAGGUCAGAUCUCCCAGACCAUGUCAUCCCUGCAGCAGCAGCUGUCUGCAGCGCGGAGCUCCCUGUCCCACCUGGAGGAAUCCCGCAUGGCGCUGGAGAAGGACAUCGGCUGUAAGACCCACAGUCUGCUCAUCGACAGGGAGAAGUGCAUGUCCCACCGCACCCGCUACCCCACCAUCAUAGCCCUGUCUGGGUACUGAGGAGAGA